AUUUGGAGGACUUGGUCAGAAGCCGAGCACAGGCAUUCUGAACCACCUGUAGACAGUUCAGGGAGGUUCUGCUCAGACACGUGAAAAGAGAGUUACAGUAGUCUAAGCGUGAGGAGAUGAAGGAAGAGCGAACAAGAGAACUGACAUGAGAAUCCAGGGUGAGAGCUGGGUCAAAGGUCACGCCAAGAUUCCUGACAGAAGGUUUGGUGUGAGAAGCAAGCUGACCAAGAGAGUCUCUGACUUUGGGAACCAGCUUGUCUGGGGCACAGAUGAGGAUCGCAAUCUUAUCUUCAUUCAGCUGUAGAAAGCUCCCAGCCAUCCAGGUUUUGAUAGAGUCUAAGGAGGUCUGUAACAGCUGCAGCUUAGACAUCUUAUGGGGCUUAAAGGAGAUGUACAGUUGGAUAAAUGUACAUCUGCAUAAAUAUGGUAGGAGAUUCCUUUGAACGAGCUCAGGAUGUGCUGAAGAGGAAGCAGAUAGAGGAGGAAGAGCAGAGGCCCCAGCACAGAACCUUGUGGGACACCAUGGGUAAGAGAGGUGGUGGAGGACCUAAACUUGGAGACGGCCACAGAAAAGGAGCGCUCAGAGAGAUAAGAGGAGAACCACUCCAGAGCAGUUCUUGAUAGGCCUACGCAGUCUCUCACUCUCUCCAGUAGCAGGUGAUGGUCAACAGUGUGAAAGGCUGCAGUCAGGUCCAGCAGGACCAGAACAGAACAGUCCCCUGCAUCACUGUGAGUCAGAAGGUCAUUAGAGACCCUGAUAAGAGCUGUUUCAGUAGAAUGAGCUCUACGAAAACCUGACUGGAAGCUAUCAUAGAUGUUAUGUUCAUCAAGAGCAGCUGUGAGUUGUUUAGCCACAACCUUUUCCAAGAUCUUGGAGAUGAACAGAAGUUUAGAGAUGGGUCUGAAGCUGCUAUGGAGAGAGGGGUCGAGACUCGGUUUUUUAAGAAGAGGGUGGAUUACAGCGUUCUUAAAGUAAGCAGGGACCUGACCAGAAACCAGAGAAGCAUUAAUUAUAGAGAGCACGCUGGGACCGAUAGACUGAAAAGCACUUUUAAACAAAGAUGAGGGUAAGAUGUCGAGGGGGCAUGCAGAGGUCUUCAUAGAGUUAACUAGUUUGGUUAACUCAGGCAAAGAAACAGGAGCAAAGCUAUCUAGGAUGAUGGGCCUGGUUGAAGUCGGGAGAGGCAGCGAUAAGGCUGAAGGAGAGAUGCUAGAUCUAACCUUAUUGACAUUGUCUACAAAGAAAGACAGAAAGCUCUCACAGUCUGUAACAGUGGAUGGAGGCUGUAGGAGAGGCAGGAGAGACGAUGCUGCUGAUGGUGUUAAACAGCACCUUGGGGUUCCCUUUGCUCUGGGACACCAGGUUGGAGAAAUAGGAAACCCUGGCAUCUCUGACUGCGGAGUUAAAGGAUGUCAGAAGAUCCUUUAGGUGCAGCAGAUGGAUGUGGAGAUGAGUUUUCUUCCACAAACGCUCAAUUUUUCUGCAUUGGCGGUUCAGGCUGCAAAGGCUGUCAUUAAACCAGGGAGUAGGGUUCACUGCAGGAACUGAUCUGGUUCUGACAGGACAGAUGUUGUCCAGAAUGGAGAGGCAGUGCUUGUUAAACUGAGAAGUUAAGGAAUCUGGGUCGUUAUCAGAAGAAAAGGAUGGAUCAAAAGCAGCAGAAAAAUUGCUAGCUGUGCUAUCAUUAAGAAAACGAGAACUAACCAUACGGCGAGCAGGAGGUGGGGAUGCAGAAACUGACAAGUUAAAGAAAAUGCAAUGGUGAUCUGAAAUAUAAACGUCCUCAGGACAAACACUGUCAGCUUUUAGACUCAGGGUAAAAACAAGUUCUAGAGUGUGCCCCCUGGUGUGUGUGGGGCCAGAAACAUGCUGGGUAAAGCCGAAGGUGUCCAUAAGGCUGGAUAAUUUCAUGGCAAAGUGAUCAGAGGGAUCAUCAACGUGGAUGUUAAAGUCACCAACAUUCACCAGUCUGGACAGCUUCACAGUGAAGGAUAGAAAGUCACUAAACUCCUGAAGGAAGGAACUGUUUGGACCAGGUGGACGAUAAACCACAGCACAGUAGAACGGGUCUUUACGCCCGACUUUAAUCAGCUGCAGUUCAAAAGAAGCAAAGUGACCAGAGGUUGUAGAGCUACAUGGAUGAUGGUCUCUAAAAACAACAGCUAGGCCUCCACCACGACCAGAACCCUGAGGCUUGCUAAGGAAAGAAUAACCACUUGGGCAGAGUUCAAUCAGACCAGAAUAAUCAGAUGUUUGCUGCCAAACUUCAGUCAGAAACAGAAAAUCCAGGUUUUUAGAGAUAAUUAGAUCAUUGAGCAGGAAAGACUUAUUGUUAACAGAGCGGGUAUUUAAUAGAGCCAUACUGAGUGAGGUGGAGGAAUCAGAAACUACAGAAACAGCUGGAGUUAGUGGACUUAAAUUAGCAGGGUUAGAUCCACGGUGUUUAUAAAAACCACUUAUGGAGGGAACAGGAGGAUAAACCACUGAGGAAUGAGGAUAAACCAACCUUAAAAAACUUGGACGGAUGAACCACGCUGCAUUGCGGCCUGGCGUGAAUGCGGAAGUGGCGCUCAGGUCACCACCCAAAGGACAAGAAGCUAGAAGAUCACGCCGAUGUUUACUAGAUAAACCACGCUUUAAGAGAGGUCUUAUUCUCACCUGGAUUCCUGCUUGUUUACCUCUUUUCCUCCGACGUUUUCCCGGGACCGGAUAAACAUAGCCGGAGGUGCGCAGCUCGUGACCGUCGUUUGGCUCCGGGCCAGUGCGCCGCUCAGGUAAACAAACAGGGUGGUAAAUCCUCGGUGCAUCUUGGGCGAUCAUGAACGAAUGGAAGGAAAAAAGAGUCUGGCGAUCAUAGGAGAUGGUAGCAGGGACACUACUGAAGAGGAUUCUAGACAGGAGCAAGGUAGAAAAGAGGAGGUUAGUGGAGAAAAGUUUGAAAAAGUGGCCGGUGACUGCGGCUAAGCCAAGCACAGGCGCCAUCUUGUUGCCGACCGGAAGGGUUCCGGGAGUUCCAUCUGGGUUCCAACUGAUCACUGCCUGGUGGUGAGUUGGAUCAGAUGGCAGGGGAAGAUGCUGCGUAGACCUGGCAGACCCAAACGCAUAGUGAGGGUCUGCUGGGAACGCCUGGCAGAAGAACCUGUCAAGACGGUCUUCAACUCCCACCUCCGGCAGAGCUUUGACCGCGUCUCGAGAGCAGUGGGGGACAUUGAUUCCGAGUGGGCCUUGUUCCACUCUGCGAUUGUUGAGGCGGCUGUUGCUAGCUAUGGUCGCAAGGUGGCCUGUGCCAGUCGUGGUGGCAACCCCCGUACCCGCUGGUGGACACCAGAGGUUCGGGGAGCCGUCAGGCUGAAGAAGGAAGUCUACAGGGCGUGGCUGGUCUGUGGGUCCCCGGAGGCAGCAGACAGGUACCGGAUAGCCAAGCGGGGUGCAGCAGUGGCAGUUGCCGAGGCAAAAUCUCGGGGGUGGGAGGAGUUUGGUGAGGCCAUGGAGAAAGACUAUCGAUCGGCUCCAAAGAGGUUCUGGCAAAAUGUCCGGCGAGAGGAAGGCAGCAACUCGCUCACACUUGGGGAUGGGGAGCUGCUGUUCAGUUGCCAUUGCCAUUCAGUCCCUUUACCAGAGGAGUGCGAGUUAGGUCCGCAUAGCUGGUAGUAAGUCGAACCUGUUCCCGGUGAGGGUUGGACUUUGCCAGGGCUGCCCUUUGUCACCGGUUCUGUUCAUUACCUUUAUGGACAGAAUUUCUAGGCGCAGCCGUGGUGUGGAGUGUGUCGAGUUUGGUUGCAGGAGAAUCUCGUCUCUGCUUUUUGCGGAUGAUGUGGUCCUCCUAGCUUCAUCCAGCUCUGACCUUCAACUCUUGCUGGGUAGGUUCGCGGCCAAGUGUGAAGCAGCUGGGAUAAGGAUCAGCACUUGCAAAUCUGAGACCAUGGUUCUCGACCGGAAAAGGGUGGCUUGCCAACUCCGGGUCGGGGGAGAGGUCCUACCUCAAGUGGAGGAGUUUAAGUAUCUCGGGGUCUUGUUCACGAGUGAGGGUAGGAGGGAUCGGGAGAUCGACAGGCAGAUUGGUUCAGCAUCUGCAGUGAUGCGAACGAUGAGCUGAUCAGUCGUGGUGAAGAGGGAGCUGAGCCAGAAAGCCGGGCUCUCGAUUUACUGGUCGAUCUACGUCCCAAUCCUCACCUAUUGGCAUGAGCUUUGGGUAAUGACGGAAAGAACGAGAUCGAGGAUACAAGCGGCCGAAAUGAGUUUCCUCCGUAGGGUGGCCGGGCUCAGCCUUAGAGAUAGGGUGAGGAGCUCGGACAUUCGGGAGGGACUCGGAGUAGAACCGCUGCUCCUCCAGAUCGAAAGGAGUCAGUGGAUGUGGUUCGGGCAUCUGGUCAGGAUGCCUCCUGGACGCCUCCCCGGGGAGGUGUUUCGGGCAUGUCCUGCCGGCAGGAGGCCCCCGAGUCGACCCAGGACACGUUGGAGUGGUUACAUCUCCAAUCUGGUCCGGGAAUGCCUUGGGGUCCUGCCAGAGGAGCUGGUGGACGUGGCCGGGGAGAGGACGGUCUGGAGCUCCCUAGUUGGGAUGCUGCCCCCGCGACCCAGACCCGGAUAAGCAGAGGAAGACGACGACGACGAUGUUUUUGGCCCUUAAAAUUGUGAAACUAAUAACAGAUUUUUCUGUGUUCGCAGUUAAAACAUCUCAGACGCCCACACAAUAACUGAUUUCCAAAUGUCAAACAAUUGAAAGAAAAUUAUGCAUAACUAUUAACUCUGAAAAAUAAAAUUAUUCAUCAGCUGUAGCUCAGCUGAGACCUCACCCCACAACAAACAGAUGCCGUCAUUUUCUUUUUCAUUGUUUUACAUAGUUUUACAUUACAUUUAUGUGAUAAGAUCUCCAAACCAAUGAGUGAAGUCCAAACAUCACCACACACACACACACACACACACACACACACACACACACACACACACACACACACACACACACACACACACACACACACACACACACACACACACACACACACAAGGGACUGUCAGCUCUCAGAGCUCUGUGGAGCUGACGGGGAUCAGCUUCACAGAGCUUCGUCUCAGCUGUUAUUUUCAUUAAGGAGUGUGCACGUACAGCAUGCGUGCCUCGUGCAUGAGCGUCCUAUUGAAGCUGUCGUUACGCUUUUGGCCAGAGGGGGCAAUCGCGAGCAUAAAAAUUCAAAACUCCCUAAAGUCCCUUUAAUGAUACCUUGGAACGGUUCAGGAAUUAUGGUAAUGAAAAGUGCGUAUGUCCAAUCCUGUCGGCGGCGACAGGUUGGUAAUAAGAAUAUUGUGGCAUUAACAGAGGGGUGCCGGCAGUAAGGGCUAGGGGGCCCCCCAACACAAGGGGGCCCCAGGCGGCCGCCGACGUAUGCAUAAUGGUGAAACCGCCACUGGUUUCAUGCACCGUUUAGGGUUUCCAAGUCCUGUUAUAGAACACAGACAACAUACCAUCUGUACAUCUGCGCCUCCCUCCUGAUCAGCCUGACAGCCUUCAUGACCCAAUACAUGCAAUGUAUGUUAAAGACAAAGCAGGCUUCUUCUAUGGUUGGAUGGUAUUUAAGCCCUCGUCCUGAUGACUUGGGUUUGGGGUAAAUUAAAGGUGAAUUUAUAUUCUAAACAUAGAUUCUAUGUUUUUUAGAACAUCAUGUUUUUGACGACACCUGUUCAGAGUCAUAAAUCAUUUAUUAGCUGAUAGAUGAAAUUCUGCAUCCCUGAUAUAAAUCUAGGGAGGACCCCUAGACCCCAACAACUCAAAAGUAUCAACAUCAAUUACAAUAACGUUAAUACAUUUUAUCACUACAGUACAUUAUACAAAUUAGUGAUCCUCUAUAUCUGGAAAAAAUUAAUUCUUUAUAUAAUUUCUUAAAUUGCAGCAUGUUUAAACUUUUUUGAUUCUUUCCUCAAGACUAUUCCAUAAAAUAGCUACACCAAUUGAAAUAGACAUACUUUUCAAUUUUGUUCGAGCAUAAUGCUGCUUCAAAUUUAAUUCCCUUCUCAACUUAUAUCUACCUUGUCUUUCUGCAAACAGUUUUUGAAUAUUUUCAGGCAGCAUUUUUUUAUUUACUUUGUACAUAAAUAAUGCAGUCCUAAAUUCAAUCAAAUCUUUGAACUUUAAAGUUUGUAAUUUUAUAAACAAGCUAUUUGUGUGUUCAUUAUAUCCCACAUGAAUGACCAACCUUAUGGCUCGUUUUUGUAACGUACAAAGUGCAUUUAGGGUGGUUUUAUAGAUGUUUCUCCACACUUCAACACAGUAAGUUAGGUAUGGUACUAUCAGUGUACAGUACAGUGUAUACAACGCCUUUCGAAUCACAAAAUGUCUUACUUUCCCCAACACCCCAAUACUCCGUGCUACCUUUCCUUGAACAUAUUUUAUGCGAGGUUUCCAACAUAAUUUGUGGUGAAGGAUUACACCCAGAAAUGUAUUUUCGUACACUUUUUAUAAUAAUGUCAUUUAUAGUUAUUGCCAUGUGUGUGUUUAUUUUACGUUUUCCAAACAACAUAACUUUAGUUUUAAGUUUAAUGAUUAUUCAGAUCAAACCAUAGUUUCAGUUUAGCCAUUUCUGUUGUUACCAACUUACAAAGAUCUUGCAAAGUCUCUCCUGAAGCAAAAAAUCUGCAAAUAAAACACAUUUUAAUGCUCUGGAAACCUCACAGAAAUCAUUAAUAUAUAAAAUAAAUAGCUUUGGACCCAAAACUGACCCCGUGGCACCCCACAAUUCAUACUAAGUAAUUCUGACUCAUAAAUAUUUAUUUAAACAAAUUGAUUUCUAUUGGUUAUAUAACUCCUAACCCAACUGAGAACAACUCCCCUAAUAGGGUUGUCACGAUCCUAAAAUUUCAAACUCGAUUCGAUACUGGAAAAAAAACUCGAUACUCGAUUUUGAUACUAUUUAAAAACACCAAUUUAUUGAACAAGUUUAUUCAAAAAAUAACAUCCCUCAAUUUAUAUUGCAAAAAUUAAAUGUUAAGAAUUAAGUGUAUAAAGUGCUUAAACCUUUCAAGUAUCAGCAUUUUUUAAAACGUGCAUACAAACCUGGCGAAAGUUAACACUUUAAAUCAUGAAUUGUCUCACUGUAUAUACACUAUUUGCAGAGUGAUGUUUUGCUGCUUAAACUCUGUUUAAGGUGCAUUUUUGUCAUAAGAUGUAAUGCCAUAUGUUUUGUUCUGUACUUUUGAACAACUCUGUUGGUCAAUAAAGGGAGAAAACGAAUUUCUCCACAGUAGGACGAAGGUUCAUCUACCGGUAAUCUUAAUAAAAACAGAUUGGCGCACGGCAGUGACGUCAUUAAAAGCGCCGGUUAGAUUAGCCGUGGCUAGUCUGUUCACGCCUAGAAAUCCCAGACUCGCUCCAAACGAACAGGGGAAUCAUGUUAAUGAUUCCUAACAAAACCUUUCGACAUUGAGAUGUUUUGGUGCAGAUAAUGUCUUAUUUCGAGGCUGCACCAUGGGUGCCCAUCUGCACCCGUUAUUUGGAUAUACACUGAUGGCGAUUCACCAAUGGAUCUAAAUACCCCGGGGAAUCCAAGUAGCACCAAAGUUGUCAGCGUAAAGUGUUGAACACGGACCUGCGCCACUACCUCAGUCUGCAGUUUCAGAAGGGCUCGCUGGACCACAAGCUCCAGCAGAUCAUACGAGACAACCUCUACCUACGCACCAUACCCUGCACCACACGGCUUCCACGGGAGGGGGAAGUUCCUGGUGUGGACUACAACUUCAUCAGCGUUGGAGACUUUAGGAUCUUGGAGGAGAGUGGACUUCUGCUGGAGAGUGGGACAUAUGAUGGUAACUACUACGGUACCCCGAAGCCUCCCGCUGAGCCCAACCUGGUGCAGCCGGACCUGGUUGAUCAAGUGCUGUUUGAUGAAGACUUCAGUGGCGAGGUUCCCAGGAAACGCACCACCUCUGUCAGUAAGAUGGAUAGGAAGGACAGCGCCGUGCCUGAGGAGGAGGAGGAUGAUGACAGGCCUCCUCUGGUCAAUGGAUUGCCCGAGCACAAAGACUGGCGGAAAACGGUACCCAGCUACAACCAGUCCAGCAGCACCAUGGACUUUCGCACAUGGAGCUCUCUUCCUCGCGAUGACAGCCUGGAACCUCUGCCUCUGAACUGGGAGAUGGCUUACACCGAGACCGGCAUGGUCUACUUCAUAGACCACAAUACCAAGACAACCACAUGGCUGGACCCCCGCUUGGCAAAGAAAGCAAAGCCUCCAGAGAAGUGCGAGGAUGGCGAGCUCCCGUACGGCUGGGAGGAAAUCGAUGACCCACAAUAUGGGACAUACUAUGUUGACCACAUCAAUCAGAAAACCCAGUUUGAGAAUCCUGUCUUGGAGGCAAAGAAGAAGCUGAGCCAGGAGACUGCUGCAAUCCAGCAAGCUGCAGCAGCAGCACCUUCUCGAGGUAAAGGAGGCUCGCUUGGCUUCACUUCAGACCCGAGCCAGCUGAAGGGGGAUAUGUACCACACAGCUCUGAAGAAAAGCGCUCAGGGUUUUGGAUUUACCAUCAUAGGAGGGGACCGUACGGAUGAGUUUCUGCAGGUGAAGAAUGUGCUCAGUGACGGUCCUGCUGCCCACGACAAGAAGAUGUCAUCUGGUGAUGUGAUUGUUGAAAUUAACGGCAACUGUGUGCUGGGGAAGACGCACCCAGAGGUGGUGAAGAUGUUUCAAUCGAUUCCCGUCAAUCAGUACGUGGACUUGGUUCUUUGCCGUGGGUACCCUCUUCCUCCUGAUGUGGAUUUAGACAGCGACGACCCUCUACCCCCUCCUCCUCCUCCACCAACCACUGAGCCGCAGCAGGCGCUGCAAGGUGGGGAAGUCGUGACGGCCGUUCCGCUCAUCAAUGGGCAGCCACUAUUGGUGAAAGGUGACGUCCUCCAUGGCUCCUCUCAGGAGCUCCACUAUGUUACUACCGAUGCCAGUGGGCGGCCGAUGGUGGCUGCCUUACCGAAUGGGAGGCAACCUGAGGAAUGCGAUCUGGCCUCAGGAAUGCUCCAGCCUGAGCUGGUAAGCGUACCGUUGGUCAAGGGUCCUGGAGGAUUUGGGUUUGCCAUUGCUGACUGCCCUCUUGGCCAGAAAGUAAAGAUGAUCCUGGAUGCUCAGUGGUGCCGCAGGCUGCAAAAGGGAGAUGUAAUCAAGGAGAUCAACCGGCAGAACGUCCAAACACUUAGUCAUGCACAAGUGGUGGACAUCCUUAAAGACUUCUCAGUUGGCAGUGAGGUUGACGUUCUAGUUCUGAGAGGAGGUCAGACAUCCCCCGUCAAGUCACUAAAGCCUCGACAAGAAAUGACGGCGAGCACAGAGACUUUGGACACCAUCACAGAUGCAACGCCCCAGGCCUUGCCUUACCACUCCAACACCAACACCCUACGAUCCUCUGACUCCCCGAAGAGAGACAUCACAGAGAUGUACCUAAAGUCAAAAGCCUUGCUGGAGAGCAGACAGCCUCACACCAAAGACAUAGAUGUUUUUCUGAAGAGAGACAUUGAAACGGGCUUUGGCUUUCGUGUUCUGGGAGGAGAAGGUCCACAGCAGCCAAAUGUAUUUCCCCAGGUUUACAUUGGGGCCAUUGUGCCCAAUGGAGCUGCGGAGAAGGACGGACGUCUUAGGGCGGGAGACGAGCUUAUUGGCAUUGAUGGUGUGAUGGUCAAAGGUCGUUCUCACAAGCAGGUCUUGGACCUGAUGACCAAUGCUGCCCGUAAUGGUCAAGUCAUGUUGACUGUUCGUCGGAAGAUCGCCUACAGAGAUGCAGUGGAUGAAGAUGUUCAAGAGAUGGCUCCUGUGCUGGUGAACGGUUCUCCGAAGCUACCUCGCCUGCCGAUGCCCAGCGCACUAGACCAUGAGUCUUUUGACAUCACGCUUCACCGCAGGGAGAAUGAAGGCUUUGGUUUUGUUAUCCUCACGUCCAAGAGCAAACCACCAUAUGGAGUCAUCCCUCACAAAAUCGGCCGCAUCAUUGAAGGCAGUCCCACUGACCGCUGUGGCUUGCUGCACGUUGGAGAUCGUAUCUCUGCAGUCAAUGGCCGCUCCAUCAUUGAGCUCUCCCACAACGACAUUGUUCAGCUCAUCAAGGAAGCAGGCACUGUCGUCACCCUCACCGUGGUUCCUGAGGACGAAUACAAGGGUCCUCCAUCUGGAGCAAGUUCAGCUAAACAGAGUCCAGCUCUUCAACACAGAGCUAUGAGUCAAAGGUCACCUUUUCAAGAUGAACGUUUGAACCUGGACCUGGAGGAGAAACGAGACGGUUCUAACUGGUCCGAACAGAAAACGCUUCCACUCGGUGAGCCUGGAACACUGUGUGUGACAGGACCCAACCAGGGUUGUCUGACUGUGGAGCUAGAGAGAAGUCCGGUGGGCUUCGGUUUUAGUCUGCGUGGCGGCACCGAAUACAACAUGGGCCUCUACAUACUGAGACUUGCAGAUAACAGACCAGCGCAACUCGAUGGAAGGAUCCAUGUUGGAGAUGAGAUAGUAGAGAUUAAUGGGGAGCCGGCUCGUGGCAUUUCUCAUACACGGGCAAUUGAACUGAUUCAAGCUGGAGGAAGCAAAGUGGUACUGCUGCUGAGACCUGGAGCAGGUCUGGCCCAGGAUGGAAAUCAACUUCAUCAACAACUCAUGCCACCCACAAGUUAUUCCAGAGAGUUUUUUUUCUCUGACUCAACACCCCAGACCUCACCACUUCCCACAGGGGCUUCCGUUUUCCUUUCCCCUACCUUCUCCAGGAGGCUGAAACAUGUUCACAGCUGGAGCGCCAAUUCCCAGCAAGGCCCUGAGCCCCGCCACAGCAGGGGCUUAGGCUCAGUGGAGGAGAGUGAUGAGUGGGCAGAACAGAAGGUUGAAAGGCUUUCUCCUCUCUCCUAUGAUCAAACGAAGGUUUACAAGAGAACCCUGUCCACAAAAGACUCCAGAGAGCUAAGCAGCCCAAAGAAAACGGGGGAGACAUUUCCUAAAGCCAAAGAGCAACAUCACAGUCCCAAACAGGCUGAGAGUCAGGCACAAGGUGCAACGCUGAGCAGAAGCAGAAUGGCUUCGAAUGCAAAAACACAAAUGUUAAGAUCGGAGAAGCCUCAAACUGGACCGCAAGUGGAGCUGCAGCGCACAGAGCACCAACCAGUCUGUCACAGGAGAUUAAAGGAUUCCUCCAGCAGAGCGACUUUAGGAAAUGAACUUAAAAAUGGUGACAGAGGAAAUGUUCAGACCAGAAGAUACACAAUAGGAAGUGGAGAAAGGCCUUCUCUUGAUAAAGAAAGCUUUAAACGGAGAGUAGCGGGAGAAGCUCAUCCCCAUAGGACACCUGUCAUGAGACAGAGCGACAAAAGUAGACACAAAAACUCAGAGAUCAGAGAUGCUGAAGGCAAACGCAAGCCCGCGGAAAACCAGGAUACAAGUAAAAGCACUAGCAGCAAAAGAGAUUCAUUAUCAUUCUUGAAAGAUUUAUGGAGCAAGAAAGAUUCUGUGGUUACACCUAAAGAGGCAAAAGGAAGAGAAAGAACAUCCAUCUCCAAAGAAGACUUUGUGGCCUCAACAAACAGUAUUCCAGGGUCUCUCCAGACUACAAAAGGGCCUGCCAGCCCUCGUCCUUGGAAAGUACCCAGCUCUGCCAAAAUCCUAACCGAAGACGAAGUGUUUCGUGACCCUUUGUGAUAGAGCAUUGAAUCGCCUGGAGCUAAACUGUGCUAUGAAGUGUUUCAUGAUAUCAUUUGUGGAUUCUUUGUCAGAGUUCUUCCUUAAAGAAAAAGACACGAGCAACAUGUCGGUCCUUUUCGUUACCUUUAGACCAUGGACCGAUUUAUAUUUUGGGAGUUCUGUAAAAUCACAUGUAGCACUCCCCUCUGCCUUGUCCGCUGCUUCAUUAUCUUUAUUACAGGAUUUCAGCACACGCGGCACGCCCGGGGCCUUGUCAGACAAGACAUUUUUUAAAUGUGAAAAUGUGCCAAUCCUGGGAGUCUCCUGUGGAACAAUGACUACCAACAGCGCUUCACCAAUUACAAUGCAAUGACCCAUAUGCAAAGAAAGAGAAGGGCCCUGCCUUUGGUUUGUAGUGAACACCCAAACGUGACUCAUAGGGUUUCAGUUUUGCCUCAAACUCAUUGUAAACAAACUGGACUUGUUUUUUGGUUUUUCUUUUCUUAAAGAUUUGCUCAACUGCAUGCAGUUUGUACUUUCUGUUUUGCUGCAUGUGUGCUUCAUGGAGGAUGAAUCACUUUCUUGUUUAUUAUUCUCAUUCCUAACACCAGGCAGAAUUCAAACACAAUCAAGCAAGUGUUUACUUUAACAGACACUCCAGACUGUUCAAUGGGUCUAGUCAUGGCACUGCUUCAUUCAAACAGUUUUGUUUAAAAAGACCAGAAACUUGUGGUUUGAUAUCUUGUUUACCAUGUGUAUAAUGAUAAAAAAUAUAAACGGUGUGUAAUUUAUUGAGGUCAUAGAUGAUACUACUGUAUAUGUAGCUGUACCAAACCAUUCCUCAUUUUGAUAUAGACUUUUAAAAAUGACCCGUGUUAUUUGAGCUUUCACCAUAUUCCCAGUGAAUUUCAGUGGUAGGAAUUACCAUGGAUCUUUCAUAAUAGUUCAUCAAAUGUAUAGAAUUAACAUUCAGACUGCUGUACCAAAUGUUUGCAAUCACUCAAAAUGUGUCUCAUUGUGAAAUAUAAAAUAUAGAAAUAUAUGUAUAUUUGAAUGUGUCAUAAAGUACAAAGGAUAACUACUGAAUUCCAUUGCACUGCGUCAGCCCUUGUAGCAUAAUAGUUGUAAUUAGUUUGUGGAGUUCACGUCGUACCAUUUCAUUGUUGCUGACAAUGUGCUGGUUUUGUCAUUACUUUGCAAAAACCUUUCAUGUUUUCUAAAAGGUUCAAAUCUAAAGUGCGAAACGAUAGUUUAUGUAAAGUUUAUUAAUUCUGAGUCAUGUCCUUGCUUAUUUUAUAUCUGACUACUGAGAAAAGAAAGAUGAAUAUUUAAUAUCUACUUUAUGUAUUCGUCCAUCCUGCUGUGUGAGGUUGUACGCUAAGCUAGCGUAACGGAAUGAAGUAUGAUGGAGGCCAGAGUGAUUUAAAGGUUUACGUUGCUGGUGAAGCUGUUGACAGGGUUUUUAGUAUGUUAAAGGUGCAAUAUGUAAAAUUUGACUGUGAAAUAAUCACAAAACUGUCUAAUGUCUCAAUCAGGUUGGAAGAAAGGUUACAUUGAAACGGAUUGCCUUCUCAGCUGGCGGGAUGUCAGUUUUUCUCUUAAAAAAACUAAAGAGGGACGUAGCUACUGUUUUCAAUCUGUGAGCCUGUUAGCUUGCUGAGUCAUUUGUAAUUCAACACCUGCAGGUAAAAAGCUCCAGAGCUGUUUAAAGAUCCUAACCCAGUAAACAGGAGUGACCCAGAAGUUACGUCUUGUACCCCUAGGAAGCCACGGCAACUUUUAUUUUUACUCUAAUAUUGGGUGAAGAUGGCUAGAUGCUAAUGUUGAGCUAACAAUGCUGAUGGUGAAUUAGAAGCAAAUAGAUGGCUCUAAACAUAUCUAAAGCAACUCUUUCUAUCACAAACAACUUAAUAUUACAGUGAAAUGUGUGAAGUGAAAAAUUAGCCAAUCGAGGUGUACUUCCUUUAAUGAGUCGUUCAGAUCUAUAACAGCAAGCAAACAGCAAGAUGGCAAACAACCACACUUUGUCUUAAUGCUGGUGUCAUAUUACCAUAAGAAGUGUAGUAAGUGCUUCCUACCGUAAAACACCCAAGAGUGUUAGCACCAGAUGUGACAAUGCAUUUAUCUGCUUAUCCACUUGCUGUGAAUGACUCAUCUUCUGACUUCUAGAAUCUUCUGCCGUUGAUCCAUAACUGGAAACAGCCAUGAAACUCGCGGAACGGCAGUGAGGAAGUAACUUUUCAUUUAUAAAAAUGCAGUACCCAAAUUUGACCAUAUUUCAUCUUUAACUUCUCAAAGGCAGGCAGCUACAGGACAAAUGCUUCUGAAUGUGUUACGUGUAAAAAUGGGAAAGUAAAGCAGUAAAGUUGGAGAAAGUGAGAAAUACUCAGCAUAAGGAAAUACUCAGAUGAGCUCAGGGAACACAGUAUCUGUAGCAAAUAUGUGAUGAUGUUACUAGCAGCCAAAUGGGGGUUAAAGGUUUGAUUGCAUGAAGCUGUUUUUGAUUUGCAGGUCUGAGUCGUACCAUGAGCCAGUUGGAGCUCAGGUUUUGUGCAAUAGUUUGGUUGGUUUGAGUACCAGGUACCGGCUGUUCACUCUGGCCCCAAAUAGGAAACCUUCCUUUUUCGUUGUAUUUCCCUUCCUGUGUUUUAUUUCUGUUUGCUUUGGUUUGAACCAUUUUAUCUUUGCAUCAUACUGUGGCCUUGCAUUGCUUCAAUAGAAAAAUAUUCCCUGUGGUUUCUUCUACAUUCUGUCCGAACAUUAGAUGUAAAUGUUUGUACAUUGUACAGCACCUUUAUAAAUACUUGCAGAGUGCUCUUUUGGGGGAAAAAGUAGAGGUAUAUUAAAUUACUCUAUUAUUUUUUUAUGUAAUAAAAAAAGAGUAAAUAUUUAAAAUGGAUUAAAAGGGGUCGUCGAUGACCUUGACAUAGUAUUCUGUUCAUGCACUAAAAUAAAAUUUUGCUGAAAAUA